AUGGGGCGGGGGAGGGUUGAGGUGAGGAGAAUAGAGAACAAGAUCAAUAGGCAGGUGACCUUCUCCAAGAGGAAGGUCGGGUUGCUGAAGAAGGCCUACGAGCUCUCUGUUCUGUGCGACGUCGAACUCUCCCUCAUCAUCUUCUCCAGCCGCGGCAAGCUCUUCGACUUCUCCACCGCCUCCAUGUUUUUCCAAGAAAGACCCCCUUCCAUCUCCUAUCAGCCACUGCCCUCAUCUUCCUUUUGUUCCGCUGCUUUUUUGAUCUUGAAUGCUUUUGGAAUAAUAGCAUUUGCAUUCAGGGGACACAAUCUUGCUUUAGAAAUCCAGGUUAUACAAGCCGAACAAAUCGACCCUGCUCGAUUUGGGUUCGAUCUGGCUUCCGAGUAUUUUAUGGCUUCAUCUCGUUCUUCAUUGGAGUAG